ACUGUGUGAGUGUGUGUUUUUUCCGGAAGAGGAACUCUUAUAGUAGUUUUGACGAAGUUUUGGGAAAUUUUUUUUUUGCUCUUUUCCUGCAGAUUCCACGGUUCAGCUUGGAAUGUGUGUGUGUGUGUGAUCUGCGAAUCUGCUGCAAACACCGACGUCUCAUUGAACCAUGGUGACUAGUCUCCCGCUAUAGUGUCCCAGGAGGACAUGGAGGAGUGUGAAUUGCCCCCGGUAAGCAUGGAUCACCCCUGGAAAACUGCCACGCUGAGGAGGAUGGCAUGGGCCCAGAGUCGAGACUCGUGGUUGGCCCCGGAAUCAGAAGAGCCACUCAAUAACAACAACAACAAGAAGGCUGGAACGGCCUCCGAGACGGGUCCGAUCCCUAACAAAAUAGCGAGCUGGCUGAGAGAAUGCAGGACUCCUCUUGGAGCUUCUCUAGAUGAGCAGUCCAACAGUCCGACCAAAGGACCACAGAGGAAUGGCUGUAGCUUCGAAGAUGACUUGUCGUUGGGUGCUGAAGCCCAUCUACUCCAGAGCAGCAGUGCCAAACCUGACCCCAGUAGUUAUGACAUGCAAGCAGUGGAGAAGAGGAGUCAGUUCAGACAGAAGGGUCGGAGUAUGAACUCUACCGGUUCGGGAAAGAGCAGCGGCACAGUGUCCAGUGUCUCAGAGCUGUUGGACCUGUAUGAAGAGGACCCAGAGGAAAUCCUCUACAACCUGGGCUUCGGCCGCGAAGAGCCAGACAUUGCCUCCAAAAUCCCCUCACGGUUCUUCAAUACAUCGUCCGGUGCCAAGGGCAUCGAUAUCAAGGUUUAUCUGGGAGCACAGAUGCAGCGCAUGGAGCUGGAAAAUCCCAACUACGCCCUCACCAGUCGUUUUCGCCAAACUGAGGUUUUGGCCACUGUGGCCAACGUCUUCUCAGAGAUCUACUCCCAGGUCUCGGGUCGUCCACUUCAAAAGAUCUGCCACAAGGAACCAGAGCCUAAAGAUCCUCCCCCACUACGGAGUAGUAGCUCCACCCUUAAUGCGGUCAAGAUCCUGAAGAGGAAUAUCACACGGCCAAACCUUAUGGCCUUGGCGGAGAUGAUGUCGGCACAGCCCGCAAAAACUACCAACUCUGACCCUGAGGGAGCGAAGAACGGUGUUUGUGAGCCUCAGUCAGAUGCUGAGCUCAAGCAGAAGAUGUUCAGGAGGAAAGACUCCACUCUGGCGACAGUAACUGAGGAGUCUAAUCAGUCUGGUGUUGAGGUUUGUGACUCGGAGGCAGAAAACUCCAAACUUGUAAAUGGAGAACGAUUGUCUCCAAGUGUUGCUGAAAAACCUGAGGAUGUUUCAGACAGACCUAUCUUGGGCAAGGAGCAGAACAAUGGAGAAAUUGCUGAAUCCGAAUCGAGUCUCAUGCCCGAAAAGCAGAAGACGGUCUCCUCCUCUUCCGCUCCAGAUAAAGAGCCCUGCUCCUUCCUGCCCAAUCCUCACAUGGCACAUCUCCUCACCCAGCCACGAGACUCCUUCGAAAUGGAAGAGUUACAGAGUAACGAGGAUGACGCGGUUUCUGGGUCUCACUGUUACUCCAGAGAGGGCAGUGAGCCUCUACUGAGGACAGCUAGUCAACAGUCAGACAGCAGCGGCUUUGCAGAGGACCCCUCAACAGAAGGUUCAGCUAAUUUUCUGAAGGUCCAGGAGAGCUUGGACAGCUGUGACAGCGAAAUGACUGUGACCUCUCAGGCAGUUGGACCCGGAACACCUGUGUCUCUGGAAAACCCAGCCUUUGAAAGAUUGUUAGUGGAUGAGGAGCUACUUGUACAGACUGGUAUGGGGCUCUUUGGCCCGAUCGGAGCUGAGGAAGUUCCAGUACAUGUGAGCCAACAGUUACCAAAACAUUGCGUCAUGGACAAGAUAAGGCCAGAGAUUCUGGAGAAUGCUGGGUCUGAGAUGGACAUUCAUGAUGGACUUACUAGUUCUGUAAAUGAGACAAGCUCUAGCACAGAAUCACUCUCCACUGUAGAGUCAGCAGAUCUAGAGUCAUCUACAGAUCUGGCUACAGCACCAAGCCUACCUAAUGCAAGUACAGAGACAACUGUUGUGGGGGAACAGGAUAUGAUCAUGGAGGCUGACAGCUCAACAGAGACAAAUUCAUCAUCACCUUCAAGCUCAUCCACUCCAUUAGAACCACAGUUAGAAAAUGUACCAACCCCAAGUCAAAGUUCAGAUCCUGUUCCUGAGUCCAGUGUUCAUGAAAAGGAGAACCAUAGCACCUUAGGUAGGGUUCGUGGUGCCCUGGUUCGGGCCCAGCAGAGGACAACCUCAUGUGAGGAUCAGAGAGGACGGGUUUGGAUUCGGUCACGCGACCUACUGAGGAAUCAACAUGAGCAGGUUAGGAACCCUCUUCAAAGGUCCAGCUCCCUCCCAAGCUCGCUGCUGAGUCCAACCCGGGUGGUGUCAUAUGUGCACAUCCAACUAGGUCAGGGCUCAGUCCAACGGUGUACUCCACCGUCCUACAGCUAUCGCUAUGAGGGGGAACCAGAAGAGGUCACAUCCAUUGAAAAGGUAGAUGACAAUAAAUCUCAGUCCAGAUACCAGUCCAAUCUUGCUGAUGGAGACUCGAUCAGCUUAAAUCCAGAGACGGAGCUAGACAGCACACGAGUGCCUCCAUACCCCAUGAAUGUGCCUCAGCAUUUGACUCGAUCGACUAGCUCACUCUACAGCAUCCCUGCUGAUUGGCCCUUGCGGCGUAUGGCAGAAGCUCCUGUUUGGAGCACUAACAGUGUCCCUGAUCUGACCCAGUACACAGGAAUACCACAUCCUGCGAUUCCACGUCACAUCCAGCAAGAACUUCCUCAAUUCCGAGGAUCAGUUGGCUCCCCUUACCAGAAACCUGUUAACCCCCCUAGUCGCAGUUAUACCCCUAUCAACAGCCCCUGCCCUUACACACAGAGUGGCUUGUAUUCCCAGUAUCCUCAGCCACAGAACUCACCAUUUCCUCAUCCUGUAUACACCCCACAUCAUGAUUCACCUGUCCCCCAACAAAAUAUGACCUAUACCCACUCACAAAGUGUUCCUUGCAGUCCUUUAACACCCUUCCAGUUUUCUCCUCUAACUAAUCCUUAUGGUUCCUCACUCAACUUCCACCUGCAGGCAAGUUCCUACAACCCUCAAGUGCCUCUUACCCACUCCUGCAGCGCCCCCUGUAGCUUGGUCUACGGUAACACACCAUAUCACCCCACUAUGCCCUACGGACAUCAGUGUAAUUCACCAUUCCAUACUCCGCCUGCCCCAUUCUCCCCACCAUCUUCGUCAUUCCCAUCAGACAUCUCAACUCCUCCCCCGUCUAUGGGCAGUACAGAAAUGCAGCUGCGUCGAGUCCUGCAUGAAAUUAGAGGCACCGUCCAGAAUUUUGGCCAGAACGCUUCUGAGCAACGCAAUGGCACACCCUCAGGGGUACACAGUCCACACCAAGCUGUCCAACCACUCUAUGAGGAGCUGCAGAGGCGGCGGAGGAACCUGAAUGUUUUCCGGACACAGAUGAUGGACCUUGAGCUGGCGCUGAUGAAGCAGCAGUCUACGGUUUAUCAACUCCUCACUCCUGAUGAAAGGCGAGAGGCGGAGCAGCUGCAGAGGCUUCGUGUCGCUGUUCGUCAGGAGCUGCAGGAGUUGGAGCUGCAGCUGGAGGAUCGACUCCUCAAUCUGGAUGGUCAGUUUCACUCGGCUUGCAGCAGCCGCAUCUACCACCAUCCACUGGAUUUGUCCAGGGGUCAGAGCAUGGACAGUCUAUCCAGCUCCUCUGCACUCAGAGCUACAGAGCCAGUAACUGAUCUCUUGCGGGAGCAGAUGUAUCUCCAGUCGGAGCUGAGCUAUGAUGGCUCUGGUGCAGUCGACACACCGUCCUCAACUCGCUCAUCGAGGUCGGUGAGUCCGGUGCGAUCCCGUGACCCCAAUGACCUCACCUCGUCUUUAACCAGGAGAAGUGGAGGAGUAUAUCGCUCAACAGUCAGCCUAACACCCUCCGUCCCUCUGAGAUCAGGAGCAGAGAGCCAGGAGCGAACAACAACACUGAGCAUGAGCUCUAGUCUUCCUGAGGUCACGGCUCAGAGCACGGCACACAGCGUCUCGGACCAGGACGAUGAUGUUAAAGAUCCUGCAUUUCAGGAAGACAGAAGAGGAGGAGGAGGUGGAGAGGAAGCUUGCGGAAAUACUCCUAUGCAGCAACUUAUCCAACAGAUUAAGCAGAGUCUCACUGAUGAGAUCAGAAAGGAGAUAGUCAACGAGCUUCUCGCUGCUGUGUUGCCGCGGAGAUCUCCCGUAGCAACCCAAGAGCCAGCGCCAUGACAAUGGUGACUAGUGGCUGAAGAGGAGUGCCGUGGAUCUAAACUCUGAAGAAACACUGCCCUCCUGAGUCUGUCACACGCUACUGCAGCUCAAACAAACACCAUUUAUCCAUCUGCCUUCCAUGCGAACUUCUCCACUACUACAUUCUGAACUCCUCAACCUGAUACUACUGCUCCAGAGACGAUCAUCUGCUCAACCUCUCAGCAAUAUCUAUCUGCAUCCCCUCACACCCACCAUGUGAAGCGCAGGCUAGGUGGAUAAAGCCCCUGCUUGGGCCGUAGCGAACCUCUCUUUCAAAAUAAAAGCACAGUAUUCUGCUACUAAGCUAGCAUUUAUUAGUUAACACUGUAUAAGAUUGAUUAGCAUAUUUGUACAUUUUUAACAGUUUUGUAAAAGCAACACACCUUCUAUUACAUUUAAUCUCACUUAGAAACAUUUGGCAACCGUUAGUAUUCUCCACUUCACUUUAGCACUUUAGCUAGCUAGUUAACUAAGGUGACGUUAGCUAGUAGUAAACAAAAUACACACUCCUAUAAUUUGUUAAUUCAGUGUAAUGCAUUAUGAUGUCAUUACAGCGUAUAUGCAAUUUAUUCAUCUACAAAUUUGUGCAAAAGUUAAUGUUAGAAAUAUUUGUCAUGGUCAUUAAUUUCACUUUCUCAACUAUUUGAUAUUUAAAAUUGAAACGUGUUUUUUUGUUUUUUGUUUUUUGGGGUUUUUUUUUUUCCUCCCCCUCACACAUUUGCUCAUAUGUCCAUCUAAGCUGGGGCUUCAUCCGCCUAAACCAAGUUUUAUCCCACCCGAAGCCAGGGUUCCAUCUGCCCAAGCUCAGACUACAGUCAUCCAAGGUGGGGCUUCAUCUUGCCAAGCCCAGUCUUAUUACACCCAAAAAUAGGGGUCACAUGCUCAAGUCAGACAUUUUUUAGUUUAAUCCAGGGAUUCUUCAACCUAGGCAGGAGCUUCAUCCACCUAAGGUGGGGCUUUAUCCACCUAAGUUAAGGCUUCAUCCGCCAAAGCCCAAGUGUGGGAUACUUAUGCUCAACUUGGGGUGUUUGAUGCCCAAGUCCAGGCUUCAUCUGCCCAAGAAGGAUUCUCACAUUCAAGUGGGAGAUGCUUGCCCCUAAAGUAACGAUUCUUCUCCCCAGAUGGGGCUUCUUCCACCCAAGCAGGGGCUUCCUCUGCCCAUGAUGAAAAUUCUCAGUCCCAAGCUGUGGAUGGUUACACCCAAGUGGGUGCUUCUUCUACCAGAGCAGAGGCUCUGUCCACUUAAGUAAAGGUUAUGCCCAGCCUGGGUCUUCAUCUGAAGGUCUGCAUUUGGAUAUCUCUGCCCCAUCUAAUGGAUUACAGGAGGAGCAUUCAUCCACUCUUCAAAUACACUGUAAUUCCAACUGAAAAACUCUAACCGUCCAUUCAUUUUAUCUUCACCCAUUGUAGCUACUGGACCUUCAGACACUACUGCAUGGCACGCUCAUUCAAACCAGUCCACCAAGACUUUCUAAAGACCUCAACCAGACAUUAUUACCACAGGGACACAUGGGGGAUUGCUGCACUGGAUCUAUUUUACAGGAUCGCCCACCUGAACACAUAAUAAUAAAUCCAUCUUCUAGUCUCCUCCACCUGAGUGCAAACGUCAUAGUAUUCCAGACUUUUUUUUUUUUAAACACAAAAACUCUGAGUAGAGAGGCUGCAAAUCAUUUCAUUUCAUAGAAGUUUUAUAAGGUACGCUUCCAUUUUCCUGGAAAAUGUUCAGCUGUAUUUCUUUUUUUUUUUUUUUUUUCGAUUGUUAGGGUGGAAGGUGGCCAGGCUUGAUGAUCACACGAUGUAGGUGAUGGUGAAAGCAUUUUGGUGUGUUUAUGUAUAUAUGUGAGUCUUCUAAUGCAGCCUCUGUGAGGUACUAACAGUGCAAUAUGUUUCACUUGAACUGACCAGUCACAACUGCUGUUUAUAGGCCUGCCACUUUAAUAAGAGGAAGGGAACACAAGUGUAACCACACACACAAGUUUUGUAUUGUGAGUCCAUUACACGCUUUCCAUGUAGAGUUUAAGCUUUCUAAGCACAAGCACUAAACUUAUUGUUGCUCUGGUCUUUUCUGACUGAAGCCUUGUUGUUGUUUUUUUUUUUUUUUUUUAAUUAAACACAGCAACCACUAGUUUGUUGGGGGAACACAAUUUAUUUGAAGUUUAUAAAAGUGCCAUGCUGAAUGUCCUAUGUGCCUUUCGCAAGUAAAUAUUUUCAAGUGUUAGACGGAUGACUUUCCAGCCUUGCGUAUGCGAGGAGGCAGGUGAUUAUCGUAGCUGAUCUUUGUUCUAAUGAAUUGUAAUACUAACUGAUUCACAUGACGACUACAUUUUUUUUUAAAGGGACAUGUUAACUUGUAAUUUGGGGAUGCAUGAGGAAAUUAUCUCUAAAGCAAAUCAUUAAUAAAGAUUUAUUUAUUUUGAA